ACACCAGCGUGAAGACAUGACCAUAGCCGACUUUUCCCAAUGUAGUCUGAGUUUGUUUUGCGUUGUAUAUGUGUAAAGUGUUGCCGUUUUAAAAAUGCCAGAGUCAUGGCUGUUCCCAACAGUCUUAUUAUGUUUGUACGGCUUUUUCUCGAACUGCCGACCUUUGGAACCUUUCCUGACGGCUUUUCUCCUGGGACCAGAUAAGAACCUCACCGAAACGCAGGUUAUAAAUGAAAUCUACCCAUUUUGGACCUACUCUUAUCUGGUACUACUUAUCCCAGCCUUCCUGGCAACAGACUACCUUCGCUACAAGCCCCUGCUCAUUCUUCAGGCUGGAAGCUUUAUUGUAACCUACGCCAUGAUUGUGAAGGUACAGAGUGUAACGGCCAUGCAGUUGCUGGAGUUCUUCUUUGGGCUUGCCACAGCGACAGACAUUGCUUACUACUCCUACAUCUACAGUGUGGUGGACCAGGCCCAUUACCAGAAGGUGACCGGGUUCUGCCGGAGCAUAACACUUCUGGGCUCCUCCAUCGGUUCUCUGCUGGGACAGGUGCUGGUGUCUGCUGCCCAGGUCCCUUUGCAGUAUUUGGGCAUCAUCACUCUGUCAUUUGCCUGCAUUGCCUUCUUGACUCCCUGGUUCCUGCCUAUGCCAGCAAAAAGCCUUUUCUUCCACCACAAGGACCUCCACAAGCAGGAGAAUGGAAGCUCGGCGUCCCCCACAGAGUCUGAAGGGGACAGCCUGGAAUGCAAGGUGCCGCUGAAUUCCGAGGAUCACGGGGGCCGUGAUGAGAAGCGCCGCAGCGGUCUGGCGGAGGUGCUGCGUCUGCUGUGGGUGGACUUCCUGCAGAGCUACUCCAGCAGCACGCUCCUCUCCUGGUCGCUCUGGUGGGCCCUCUCCACCUGCGGCUACUUCCAGGUCGUCAACUACGUGCAGCCGCUGUGGGAGAAGAUCCUGCCCUCCAAAGAGUUCCAAAUUUACAACGGCUACGUGGAGACCAUUUCCACCUUAUUGGGUGCGCUGGCUGCUUUCGCUGUGGGCUACCUGAAGGUCUCCUGGGAGGUGUGGGGCGAGCUGGCCCUCUGCACCUUCUCUGUGGUCAUCGCCGGGUCUGUGUACAUCAUGGACACGGUGAUGAACAUCUGGGUGUGUUAUGUCUCCUACAUCAUCUUCAGGGCCACCUACAUGCUGCUGAUCACCAUCGCUACAUAUCAGAUUGCCACAAACCUGAGCAUGAAGAGGUAUGCGCUCGUUUUUGGCGUCAACACCCUCACAGCCUUACUGCUCCAGACUCUUCUAACAGUCAUUGUGGUGGACUCUAAUGUCCUUGCCCUGGACAUUCUACAACAGUUUCUGAUCUACGCCAUUUACUUUGCCGUGAUUGCGGUCGUGUUUCUGGUGGCUGGGGUUUAUAAGUGGAGGCGAGCGAAAGCAGGAUCUACACAGGAGAGCAGUCAGACGGAGGAGACUAUCGUUGUUGGAAAUGGGACCCCCGCCGUGGGGCAGAAACUGGAUACGUGCGAUCACGAUGUCUGCCUAUGAUACCGUGACCCCAGACUGUUUAAACACUAGCUAGUAAGCCUAAAGCAGUGUCCAAAGUAUUCACUACAUUGGGAGCAAGUGGCAUUGUUCCGAACAAAGUGUACAUUACAGAUUCAGCUCGAUCCUUGGUCUGCAAACAAAAUUGUCACACGUUCACUUCACAGCACACUAUGCAGGGAGCACAACAGUGUAAUUCACACCUUGCGUUGUGUGCUUUGAAGUUAGUAGGUGAGCAUUUCAAACAUGGAUUUUAUUAUGAAAUAGCUGAGCACCACCCGAUGUACUGGCUAACUUGAUAAAAGGUCACACAUUGAAGCAGUGGGGUGCUUCUAGGAAUUUUGGUUACUUCAGUAAAACAACCCUGGUAUCACACCGAGUAAUAAUAAUAUUGUUGGAAUUCUGUCCUCAAAGGACGUGUUUUUGAUGGCUUGUGGAUUAUUUAAAAUGAUCCAUCUCUGGCCUUGUGUUACGAUACGCACAAUGAUGAUAAUCAGACAUGUAGUUUAUAGGUAAGUGAUUCCCACUUGUCUUUUGGAUCACACGGCACACUACAAAAUACAGACUACACAACUACAUUCAUCAGCAUACAGACUACAACUACAUUCAUCCUCUGAAUUUAAAGGCGCAUAAUGUGAUUUGCAUGCAAAUCAUCAAAUCAGAUUGGUGUCAAUCUGAAUCACAACGGUUCAAACCUUGUGAGAUUACAUUACACACACAUUUGAAUGACCAGAUUUUUUUUUAGCAAGAAACAAAGGAGUUAUACGAUGUCAUUCUUUAUGAAUAAUUGUUGGAAAAUAUUGAAACACAUUUGUUUUCUUCCACAAUCAAUAUGUCUGAAAGCUCUUAACAGCAGCCUUACGACCCGUCUCCUCCUUAUCAAUCGUCUCUGAUUUGGGUAUGUCAGGUCCAGGGGAGGAUGGAGCAGUAAUUCACUUCCCCCACCUAGUGGCCAGUGUCAGGAAUACAACCAAUAACUCGAAAUUUGAGAGUUACUGCACAGUGUGUUUACAUACAGUGUCCAAACUCGCCAUCCGACCCAUGCCUGCAGUUCACCUAGGAGCGCUGUCCAGCGAGCGCAGCCCAUAAGGCUGGCGCUAUUCACACACAAUUGUGCUCGCUGUCGGCUGAAACCUGAUAAUAUUACUGUGGGUUCUGAGAAACCGAUUUGGAUUUUAAUCAAAUGUACAAUAACCUGGGAGUUAUAUCCUUCUGAUUUCUUACAGGUUUGGCAUUUAUGAGUCAGCCUCCGCUAGCAUCUUGCUAACCAAAUUGCUUUACGGCAGUCGUGAUCACACUAAUACAGCCGGUCAACCAAUCCAAACGCAGUGUGUGAAGCCACUCGUGACGUAAUAUUGACAGUAAAGACGUAUAAAAGCGAGUUAAAAAAUUCAAACUAAGUGCUGUUUGAAAGGAUCCUGCUUUUGGUAAAAAUUAAAAUGAAAACACGAUACCAAUUCUCUCCCAAGCAACGGCAGCAUCAGUACCACCCUGAAAAAGUCGGGACUUUAGUCUCUCGUAAUACCCAUAAACCCUCUCUGGUUACUGUCAUUGAAGCCAUGCCUGCUCUCCUCUCUGUGUUUAGGUACUAAGGUUUAUUUCCACGUUUGUUUUUUAAUUCCUCCCAAAUUUGUGUAAAUAUGGUGAUGGACAAAACGGUUUUCCCAAUCUAUUUUUGUCCCAUACCCCCUAAGCUUGUUUGACAUGUCAUGAGCUCCCUCAUCACUCAUGCUCUAUAUCUCUUCCUCUAUCUCUAUCUGACUACGCUCCAUACAUUUGUUAUUACUAUUUUCCCCCAUACCCAUUGAAGUGUGUCCAUGUACUACUACCCCUGGUUGGGAAUCACAGCACUACGUAUGACUGGUGAUGGCUUAAUACAGAAUCUUGUAGACCCCGAAUUUAGAUGCUGCUAAUUAUUUGCUUCCUCAAUGAUUGAGGAAAUGUUGUUUUUUCACAGUGCUAUCUAUCAUUCAUUCUACUUGACAACCCUUUAAGCCUUAAAACUUCUGGAUUUAAUAUCAUUGUUAUUCAUUGUAAUCAAAUUUGUGUGUUAAAUUCAAUUUGCUUUAAUCAUUCGUAGUGUAUUUAGGUAAACUAUGAAACCAAACCACAAUGAAUGUAUACACAAUCAUGAUAUAUAGGCCUGUGGCCUUGUCUGAAUCGCUGUGUAAUGUGCCAUUGGCUGAAUAACAGUGUUCGAUGUGUAUUUAAAUCUGUAAUAUUAAUAUUACGAUACAGUAUGAUAUUAGCUGUGUUUUAGACAGUUUGCUUUGUUACUGGCAAAGAAGCCUCUUUUUAUCAUGCUGCAUAGUUCUGUUGCUAUACAGAAAGUUUUAUUUUAAGUAGAAAUGUCUAUAUUUAUAGUUUGUUGAAGGAAUUGCCUAACACUGUACUGUAUAGUUUUUCUAGGGAUCACUAUAAAAGCACUUCCAAUUUUCAAUGGAAUUAUACAAUCCAUGUGAUUUUUACUUUGUUUACAUGAAACAUUUUGUAUUUGAAAUGAUACUUCCUAUAAUCAAUAUCGAAAGUAUUUAUUAUCUGAUGGCCUCUUAUUAAAAUUACUUAAGCACUGUUACAUACUAUGGACCAGACAAUGGUUAAAAACAAUGGCUUGUUUUCUGUCACUCCUUUUCCAAUAAAAUAAUUAA